AUGGAGAAGGCCAACAUCAGCUCUACUGUCACCUCAAGAAGUCGAGAGGAAGAACCACAGGUGGAGGAAGGAAUCACCACAGAGAGACCAGAUUGGACAUUACUACCACUCGAUCUCAUAACAAAGAUCAGCGAAGAACUUCCCAUCCCACACCGUCUUUGCCUUCGUGCCACAUGCACAACUUGGUAUCAUGCUGCAGUCUUGGACAUGGAUGUCCCGUCCCCAUGGCUCCUCAUACCCGAUCAUGAAAGUGAGCAAAGCGACUCUUGCACUUUCGCAUCUCUCCCUACUGGCCUCUUCUUCACGUACUCCCCUAUCCCCGAGCUUCGUGGCACACGUUGUGUUGGUUCUCAUGCUGGUUGGCUUGCGAUCGCCAAUGUUCGAUUGGACGUCAGCCUCCUAAAUCCCUUAACAAGGUCUCAAAUCUACCUUCCCUCCUUCACCACCCUACCUACUGAUGAUCUCAUGCUUGAAUGUGACGUCUGGUCUAUGGACAAUCCAGCAACUGAUGUGCCUGCUUAUAACCCUUUUAAAGCAUUCCGCGAUCGCUUCAUUGGCAAGGUUGUCUUUUCCUCAAAUCCUACUAUCCAUAACCACGUCGCGGUGACACUCUAUGGUGCUUAUGGUGAUCUUGCCUACACGAAGGCAGGCAAAGAUGCGUGGCUUCUUCUUAAGGAACCAUCAACCAAGGAUCAUCAGUAUGAGGAUGUCAUGUAUCAUGAUGACAAAUUCUACUGUCUAUCAAAUGAAUGUGAAGUCGAAGCUUUUGACCUAAGUGGAGAUUGUCCCACUGUGGCACUUGUCGUUGAGAGAUUAACAUUUAGUGUUACAUACUUUCACGACAUACGCGGCUCCAAUCUCAGCUGUACGUAUAAAAAAUACUUAGCACGCUCGAGCACAGGAGAGUUGUUUAUGUUUCUAAGAUAUAUAAAUCAACCCGUUUUACCGAAUGAAAUGGAACUGCGUAGGCCAAAAAAAUUCAUGGUUUUGAGGGCUAAUCCCGAGACUAACCCUUGUUGGGCUGCUGCUACAAACGACUUGGGAAGUAUGUCAUUGUUCAUUGGUACCAACAAUUCCAUGUUGGUAUCAAAUGAGAAUUUACCGAUAGUACAUGGAGACGGUAUCUUCUUCAUCGAAUCCUACACAGUAGCAUUUGGCAAUGGCAUUGAACUACUCACUUCUGAUGUUGGAUGGUUCAAUUUGAAAGAAGAAUGUUCGGAUAACUACUAUGCAUCAUCUUGUCCUCAAUUCGACUUGGCAUCAGUCAUCUGGUUCACACCCUCACUACAGUGA